AUGCAGUUUAUCAAGUUGUUAGGUUUCGUAGGGCUUUCCUGUGGUGUUUUAGCUGGAAAUUUGACUGCUCUAGACAUCAAGGUUGUCAAGGAAAUUCCAGCAACUGAAUGUAACAUAAAGGCUGAGGAUGGUGAUAUCGUGUCUGUUCAUUACUCUGGAUCUCUGGAUGGCUCGGAAGAUCUUUUUGAUUCAUCGUACCAAAGAGGAGUUCCUAUUUCUUUCGAGUUAGGAUCUGGCCAAGUCAUUCAAGGAUGGGACCAAGGUAUUCAAGGCAUGUGCAUUGGCGAAAAACGUGAACUACGUAUACCCAGCAGUCUAGGUUACGGUACCCGUGGUGCUGGAUCGGUUAUUCCGCCAAAUGCGGAUCUGUUUUUCGAAACGACUUUGGUGGAUAUAAGAAGACGUGAUGAGCUGUAA